GUGCUUCUUCUAGUAUAGAAAGUUAAGGCAAAAAAAAUAAAAGAAAAAUGAAAACAACAACACACAAUUUUCGCGCUGAAUUCAGUUAUCAACAAAACGAGCAACAGUCAAGUCGUCUUUUAAAAAGAACCGAGAAACAAGUGUAGAAAAAAUUCUUAGAAAAAAAGUGGAAAAUAAACUCGUAUGUAAAGGAAAAUAAGAAGAAGCUAAAAAAUUUAACGGGAUUUAAAAAACACAGUUAGAUUUUUAAAAGAAAGUAAAAAAAAACGUGUGUGAAAUUUUUACAAUUUAAAUUAAAUUAUAAGAAAGAAAUUAAAUAAAUAAAAAGAAAAUUUAUAAAAAAUUAGUUUCUUUUUAAAAGAAAUUUAAAAAAGAAAAAUAUUUGAAAAUUUUAUAAGAAAAAUUAAAAAUAAAGUAAAAAAAUCUUAGUGAAAGUGAAAAGAAAAUAAAAUUUUAAAAUUCUAUUAAAUUUUUUUAUAAAAUUUACCAGAAAAAACGUAUAAUUCUUAGAAAUUAUUUACUUUGUAUUGCUUUCUUUUUUUUGGAAAUAAACUUUGACGUUUAUUUUUUUUAAAUGAAAGACAAUCAAAAAGGUUUUCUUGGUAGUUUUCUAUCAAAAGGUUUAAAAACUAAUCAAUUGGAAGUGAAUACCGAUGAGAAAACCUUACGACCCAUAGCACGUCUCAAAGAGCCACGUGAUCUCUUUGCUCUGCCAAAAGAUAAGGACAAUGAUUGUUCACAGCAGGCCCCUAGAUGGCCUAUUGAAUGUCAGGUAAGUUACUGAACAGAAAACAAACAUAAA